AUGCCGAUUAUCAUUAGCCGUGGAUGCUCCUGCAUCAGCAAAGCAGCAUUUUUUCGGCAUGGCUCCACUCCCAAUUCUUCUCAUGAUUACUGUUAUCUCAUGUCCUCGGUCCUCUCCAUGGAAUUGAAAAGUAAAACGAGCGAUUUCUUUUACAAGUCAACGGCUUACCUUAAAGUUCAGUCAAAACCCAAGCGGCCCAAGUACUUAAUUAUAGUUAUCACUGUUUCUGCUAAAUUGGGAAAAGCUACGCAAGAGGAGGAAAUGGAUGAGGAUUUGGACCUCAAGCUGGCUUCAGCAAAUGACUUCAGCAUGAGGCUAGGUGGGGGAGGAUUCGGUUCAGUUUAUGAGGGUCGUUUUAAGCGGCUUGAUGGAGCAGGACAAGGCUUCAGAGACUUCCGUGCACAAGUGGAAACUCGGGAGUACAUUCAUCAUGUUAAUUUGGUGAGACUCGAGGAAGUUUGUGCAGAGAAGUCCCACCGAAUACUUGUAUACGAGUAUCUACCAAAUGGGUCUAUGGAUAAAUGGAUAUUUCCCAAGGAAAACCGUCUGCUUGUUCUGAAGACAAGAUCCAAAGGCUCAUAUUUCGGGCUGGCAAAGUUGAUUAACAGAGAACAGAGUGAAGUGAUAACCAUGUUGAGAGGAACGCCUGGGUAUAUGGCACCUGAGCUAUUGGGCAUGCAUUUUACUGAGAAAGUGGAUAUAUACAGCUUUGGCGUUAUGGUGGUAGAAAUUGUUAGCGGAAAGAGAAGUAGAGAGCUUUCAACGCCAAGUUAUGGGCUGUUUUCAGUGUUGCCGGGUAUGGCAGAGGAGGGGAGAUUGAAGGAUUUAGUAGAUUCUGAAAUCAAAGAUGAAGGGAUUGGUGCAGAGCAGGAGGCAACGAAAGUGUUGACAAUGGCAUAUGUUGUAUACAGUAUGAUUUUACAGCGAGGUCGGCAAUGUCGACCCUGGCUCGCCGAUUUAGCCGUUGCUUUUCUUUGA